UUGGAUAGAUAUGAUGCCUAUCAUUAGCGGUGAACUGACUGAAUUGACGUUCAAUAUACCCUUGCUCUAGUCGAGGAUACAAACGUUUAUUUCAUAGCUACAGUCGUGUAUAAAUUCUAAAUUACAGGCGUUGGGAAGUUAACAGGAAAAUCAGAAGUUCUGGGACGUGAUAUUUGUGUGUCGAGUGAAGCAGAUGUUAUUGUUUUCUUUUCUGUAGAAAUGGGCUCGACAAAUUCCACCCUGUCAAAAAUUCCAAACGUCGAAGAAUUAAUGCAAGAAACGGGUUUCACCCCUGCACACAUUGUUCGACUUUAUGACCGUUUCGAAGCAUUGGACAAGGAAAAGACAGGCCAUCUCCGCCCACAGGAUUUUGGAGCCAUUAAUAGGUUGGCGAUGAACCCCAUCGGGGAUCGGAUCAUUGGGGCGUUCUUCUCUCCAGGACAGGAAACAGUGGACUUCCACUCCUUUGUGAGGAUCCUGGCCCACUUCCGACCUGCGGACAAAAAACGUCCCAAAGAUCCCAGUAUGCCUGAACCUGUCAACAGUAGGACCAGUAAACUCAAGUUUGCCUUCCAACUAUAUGACCAAGAUAAAGAUGGAAAAAUCUCCAGAGCUGAGCUUCUACAGGUGCUGCGGUCCAUGCUGGAGAUGCAGGUGACGGAGGAGCAGCUAGAGAGCAUCGCCGACCGCACCAUCCAGGAGGCUGACCUGGACAAGGACGAUGCCAUCUCCUUUGAGGAGUUCCGCAAGUCCCUGGAGAAGGUGAACAUCGACCACAAGAUGAGCAUUCGCUUCCUGCGCUAGCUAGAGUGGUUGCACUGGGUCAACUGACUGUUCAUGGAGAUGUUUCCCACUUUGUGUCUACUCAUCCCUCCAUGGUAAAAACAAGGCUUCUGCAGGGAAAUAUUACUGAUUCCUUUAACUGGAUGACUAACACCAAAUACCUUAAAUGACUGAAUAAUAUGCUGUAACCUAAUAUGUUGUUUACAGCAAACUGGAUUAUAUGGGCAUCAUGCUCCAAAGUCUAACUGUACUAGAGGCCUACCUACUAUAACUACAUAGUAACUGCUUUUAUAUAAUACAAUCAAAUGCAAUUUAAUAAUAAUAAUUAUACAUGGGACUUAUUUAGUGGUAAUCAAGGACACAAAGUCGCCUUACAAUUGUAGAAGCAAAAAAAUAUGUUUGUUUUGACAAUAAGCUUUUAUGAAGGGAAACAGAUACUUGAAAUUCAUUUUUUUGAACUACACUAUUUUUUGAACUAUACUAGCGGUCAAACGUUUUAGAACAUCUACUCAUUCAAGGGUUUUUCUUUAUUGUUACUAUUUUCUACAUUGUAGAAUAAU